UGCCCGCGACGCCCCUCGAGCUCGGGGCGCCCCGCUUAGUGCGCUCCGGCCCGUUUGCGUGCCUUUGGGGCAAGAGGCCGGACUCAUGGCCCAGCCGCUGAGAUUCGACGGGCGGGUGGUACUGGUCACCGGCGCGGGGGGAGGGUUAGGCCGAGCCUAUGCCCUGGCUUUUGCAGAAAGAGGUGCAUCAGUUGUUGUGAAUGACUUAGGAGGGGACUUCAAGGGAGUUGGUAAAGGCUCCUCAGCCGCUGAUAAGGUUGUUGAAGAAAUCAGAAGGAAAGGUGGAAAAGCAGUGGCCAACUAUGACUCGGUGGAAGCAGGAGAGAAGCUUGUGAAGACAGCGCUGGACGCUUUUGGGAGAAUAGAUAUUAUUAUCAACAAUGCUGGAAUUCUUAGAGAUCGUUCCUUCGGUAGAAUAAGUGAUGAAGACUGGGAUCUAAUCCAUAGAGUUCAUUUGCGGGGCUCCUUCCUGGUGACAAGGGCAGCUUGGGAUCACAUGAAGAAGCAAAAGUUUGGAAGGAUCAUUAUGACUUCAUCAGCUUCAGGAAUCUAUGGCAAUUUUGGCCAGGCGAAUUACAGUGCUGCCAAACUGGGUCUUCUCGGCCUUUCAAAUACUCUUGCCUUGGAAGGCAGUAAAAGCAAUAUUCAUUGCAAUACUAUUGCCCCAACUGCUGGAUCACGGAUGACCAAGAGUGUUUUGCCUGAAGAUCUUUUGGAUGCUCUGAAGCCUGAGUACGUGGCACCUCUGGUCCUUUGGCUGUGCCAUGAGAAGUGUGACGAAAAUGGCUCCUUGUUUGAGGUUGGAGCAGGCUGGAUUGGAAAAUUACGCUGGGAGCGGACCCUUGGCGCUGUUGUCAGACAGAAGAACCAGCCAAUGACACCAGAGACAGUGAAGGCUCAGUGGACAAAGAUCUGUGACUUUCGCAAUGCCAGCAAGCCUAGCAAAAUUCAAGAGUCAAUGAGUGGUAUGAUUGCCACUCUCAGUGAAAUCGAUGCUGAUGGGGGAGUGUCUGCCAAUAAAACCAGCCAAGCAGCUGUUGACACAUCUGGAUAUACUGGAGCAAUCGGCUAUAAAUUUCCUCCAUUUUAUUCUUCUUAUUCGGAAUUGGAAGCCAUCAUGUAUGCCCUUGGAGUGGGCGCAUCGGUCAAGGAGCCCAAGGAUUUGAAAUUUAUUUAUGAAGGAAGUUCUGAUUUCUCGCCUUUGCCUACGUUUGGAGUUAUCAUAGCUCAGAAGUCUCUGAUGAGUGGAGGAUUAGCUGAGAUUCCAGGGCUUUCAGUCAACCUUGCAAAGGUUCUUCAUGGGGAGCAAUAUCUGGAGUUACAUAAGCCACUUCCCAGAUCAGGAAAAUUAAAAUGUGAAGCAGUUGUUGCUGAUAUCCUAGAUAAAGGAUCCGGUUUAGUAAUUCUUAUGGAUGUCUACGCUUAUUCUGAUAAGGAACUUAUUUGCUACAAUCAGUUUUCUCUUUUCCUUGUUGGCGCUGGAGGUAUUGGUGGAAAACGGACAUCGGAUAAAGCCAAGGAUGCUGUAGCCAUCCCCAGGAGACCCCCAGAUGCCGUGCUCACUGACACCACCUCCCUGAACCAGGCUGCCUUGUACCGCCUCAGCGGAGACUGGAAUCCCUUACAUAUUGAUCCUAUGUUUGCUGGUGUAGCAGGUUUUAAAAAACCCAUCUUACAUGGAUUAUGCACAUUUGGGUUUUCUGCGAGGCAUGUUCUGCAGCAAUUUGCAGAUAAUGAUGUGACAAGAUUCAAGGCUAUUAAGGUUCGUUUUGCAAAACCAGUAUAUCCAGGACAAACUCUACAAACUGAGAUGUGGAAGGAAGGAAAUAGAAUUCAUUUUCAAACCAAGAGUCAGGAAACUGGAGAGAUCGUCAUAGCCAAUGCAUAUGUGGAUCUUGUGUCAACAUCUGGCACUGUAGCCCAAGCUCCCUCUGAGGGUGGCAAGCUUCAGAGUACCCUUGUAUUUGAGGAAAUAAGUCGCCGCCUCAAGGACGUGGGGCGUGAUGUAGCGAAGAAAGUGAAUGCUGUGUUUGAGUGGCACAUCACUAAAGGAGGAAACACAGCAGCGAAGUGGACUAUUGACCUUAAAAAUGGUUCUGGAAAAGUGUAUCAAGGCCCUGCAAAAGGCUCCGCUGAUACCACGUUUAUCCUUUCAGAUGAAGAUUUUAUGGAGGUCGUCCAGGGCAAGCUGGACCCCCAGAAGGCUUUCUUCAGUGGCAGACUGAAAGCCAAAGGGAACAUCAUGCUGAGCCAGAAGCUUCAGAUGAUUCUUAAAGACUACGCCAAGCUCUGAAGGACACCCAGCAUUGUGAACAGAAACAAGAAAAAUUGAAUGCUCAAUUCCCCCAUAUCUGCACAAAUGGUUCCAUGGAACUGAUCAAAAUGAUAUGGAACUGAUCUUCACACUCUUGAGAUUUCAGAUAACUGUUCAGAUGUUUAUUUUCUACUAAUUUUUCAUGUUAUUAUUUUUACAAGGAACUAUAAGGAAUUGUUAACUAUCCUCCUAUUCUUUGAUCAAUGGCUUCAAAAUAAAAUAUAAUCAUCUAAGUAUAACCUCUGCAGCAUUUGGGAAAGCGUUAUAGGUUGAAAGGAAAAUUAAAUAAGUGAAGGCUA